AUGGAGUCGUACAGAGUCAGCCAGCCCGCCCGCUCUUCCAGGCCUCACAAUGGAGGUGGCUCCUAUGGCCUCAGCAUUAGGGUCCAGGGGAUUGACGGACACCCGUACGUGGUGCUGAAUAACCAGGACCGUGGGUCCCACUCCUCCUAUAAAGAUCCUAAUAGUAACGGCUACAAUGACACACAGGGCUCCUUCAUUGACAGCUAUCAUGAGUAUGACUUCAAAGGAAGCAGGGAGGCUGUCUCUGACAGCCCCUUUGUUGAGUACAGGUCCCAGAAACAGAUGCAGUUUGGGGGCUCUCACAAUGGAGUCACAGAGCAGGGGAAGAAGCCAGCAUCCACCCUGCUGAACUUCCAGAGGCACCCAGAGAUCCUCAAGCCUUAUGACCCGGAGAACAACACCUUGAACCUGGACGGCUUCCACAGCCUUCCUCCCCGGCCAAUGUCCCUGGCAGAGACUGGGAGCACCUACCAGGGCUCUUCUCCCAGAUCCACCUCCCCAGUAGUCACCCAUGCAAGGUCAUCCAGCCUGGAUCAUAGGAGGAGUCCUGCCCUGCAGGAGAGAACACAGCCUCAGCCUCAGCCUCAGCCCCAGCCAGCCCCCUCUAAGUCUCAAACCAAACUAGUCCAGCCUCAAUCCAAGCCUCAAGCCCAGCCGGCUCAGCCACAGUCUAAGCCUCAGACCCAGGUGGCCCAGCCCCAGUCCAAACCCCAGUCUCAGCACCAGUCCAAACCCCAACCCCAGUCUGUGCCACAAUCCAAACCCCAGUCUCCACCCCAGUCUCAGUCUUCACCCCAGCCCCAGCUGCCCCAACGCGUCCCCAUACCCCAGCCCUCUGCUGUGUCCAGCCCACCCAGUGAGCAGACCAAGGCUUCCUGCCGGUCCGCCAGCUCCAUUAGCAGUGCCAACUCUAGCCUGGAGCACAGCCGCCAUGAGCCAGAUGUCCUCCCCCUGCGCAGGGUUGAUUCCAGCGGCCCCGUGCUGCAGUCCUCGUCCCGCUCCCGCCACUCCUCUACCUCCUCUACCGACCAGCUGGAUGCGCUGUAUGCAGAUACCAUCAACCGCCACCAGAACCGACGCUACAUCCCCUUCCAACCCGGCACGGGCCGAGACAUCGACACAGGCUCCAUCCCCGGCGUGGACAAGCUCAUCGACAAGUUUGACGGUAAGGAUGGUGGUCACCAGCGACGAGGCAGGGCGGGCCGCAGGAACAGGAUCAACCCAGAGGACAGGAAGCGCUCAAGGAGUGUGGACAGCGCCCUUCCCUUUAGCCUCCGGGGAGAGUCGGAAUACAUGGAUGAGUUUAGCAAGAACCAGGGGAGGUCUACGGAGCACGUCCUCCGCCCCUCACAGCUGUAUCUGCAGAAGGUGUCUGGGAGUAAAGACACCUGGGUGACAGCGGUGGAGGGUAAGCCAAGUGCCAAAGCUACGGCCUGUGGUAGCAGUGCUCCAGGCUCCCCUCAGAGCAUGACCUCUAAAGCAGCAGGCUCCAUCCAGGGGUAUAAGGCGGUGCUAAAUCGCUCCUCUACGCUACCCCUGGACAGUACAGAUGCUGAGGAUGGGCAAUCUUCACCAAGCACAAAGAUUUUAAUAAGUGUGGCUACAACCUCUCUAUCCAAGCCUUCCUCUAACUCGGGCAAGAAGCCUGGUGCAGAGAUGGAUGUGCAGGUAAACAACACAUUAUUUAUGAUUACAGUUAGGUUAGUUGUUUAACAAAUCAGUCUCUAUUACUACGUAGCUACAUGUGAAAGUAUCUGUCAGAACUCUGAUGGCUCUCUGCUUAUUACCUCUUGCAUCCAGGUGACACCUGAUCUUUUGAAAGGUCAGCAGGAGCUUUCACAACAAACACAUGAAGAGACGGCAAAACAGAUUUUGUUCAAUUACCUCAAGGAUGGGUGAGUUUUUACCUCACUGAUGUAAUGUUCCUGGUUCACUUUUUAUUGCAGAACAUUUUCCAGUUUUACAGCAAUGUCCAUUCAAUCUAAAUGGUAUCGUAUGUAUAGAUUAAUAGUAAAUGUUUUGUACGAAUUGCUAAUAUAUUAAUACACUAGUAGGCAACAUGAUGACACCAUGAGUAUCACGUUCACUAUGCAGCGGGCAGUAAACUGCACAGUCUAAACAUAACAUGUGCCAAGUUACACUCUUAAAACUGCAAUAUGUAACUUUUUGGGCUACCCCACCAAAUUCACGUAGAAAUUCACAUAGCAAUAUGUGUUAUAGCGCUGUCAUUCUAAUUGAAAGCAAGUCUAAGAAGCGGUAGAUCUGUUCUAUGUGCGCUAUUUCUAUGGUUCCCGUUCUUACGUUUUGUUUUUGCCUUUUUACAUUCGGUUUUGUACACCAGCUUCAAACAGCUGAAAAUCCUAUAUAUUUGGUUAUGAAAAAAAUAUUUCACCGCUGUUUAGAUGGUACAAUGAUUCUAUACACUAUACUUGCUUGUUUUGCCACAUAAACUGAAAUUAAGCGAACUAUUAACAUUUUUUCAAACAGGAAAUGGAGGAAAGAUUUCUGCACAGUGCAUCUUUAAGUAAUGCAUCAUUUGAAAAAGAAAAUGCCCCAUGGGAGCACUUGAACGUUUUUUAUUUAUCUGAGUCUGACUGUUUGUGAAUUUAUACUCCCAUUCAGUCUCCACCUCCAUAUCUAAGCUGUGGUCGAUGCAGCUGCUUAGUGGUGUUCGAUCCUCUUCCCAUUUCUCUCUCUACUGAGGAAUGUAGGGUAUCAACCUUGCUCAUCACCUGAUUCUUGAUGUUCACCUUUCACCCCACGCUGUAAAUCCCAUCACUUACAGUUGGGGGAAAUGGAGGAGUUAUCGGUGGGAAGCAUCUCACAUAUAUACUCUGUCAGAUUAGUAUCUCUAUGGUGUACUUCACAUGGUUUAAGAUAGAUGAACUGGUGAGGGUGAUACAUUUACAUUUUAGUCAUUUAGCGGAUGCUCUUAUCCAGAGCGACUUACAGUUAGUGAGUGCAUACAUGUUUUUUUGUUUUUUUCAUACUGGCCCCCCGUGGGAAUCGAACCCACAACCCUGGCAUUGCAAGCGCCAUGCUCUACCAACUGAGCUACACGGGGCUACAUGAUGGUUUAUAUUAUUAAAUAGUAAGAUGAGGUGCUAGACAGUCUUUUUGUUGUUGUUCAGCUUGCUAGUUUCACUCUCUGACAGUUUUAUAGCUAGACUAGGUGAAAAGGCUUUGGGAGGGGGGUGGGGAGUUGUUGGGGGUUUACAAAGCUUAAACCAUGUAUGUUCGGCAUGAAGCCAAGUCUGAAAGUCCAGUGCAUAUAUCCAAUACGAUAACAUGUCAAUCACAGCACCAGUAAAGCUGGAUCUUGGAGUUCCUAUCCAAUCCCAGGUCAAGUUCUGUGUCUCUCACAGAGCAUUGUUUCAUGGUUUGACUGUACAUUUUGUCCAUGGUUUUAGAAGUUUUGCAUUUUAAAUCCUAAACUUCUGAAGUGCCUCAGUUCCUCAGUCUCUACAUUCCAUGUGUGCUCCAGGUUUGGUCGAUGUCCAGCGAGUGCAGGAAACUGCUUUGGUUGUGUCAGGUCACAGGUCAGGGGUCAAUGGAAAGGAACACAGAUGGAAGUGGUGUGCUGACACUGAGUCAUCAAAGAAAGGACAAACAUUCACCAGCAGAAGUUAUAAAACUUUGAGGGGGGCUAGAAAUCCCCUGUCAGGUAGUGGAAUGGAAUGGAACCUUAGAACCUUUCCCCGGGUUGUGGCAACCCAAUGUUCUGUUCAUUCUCUGUCCGAUAUAGGAGAGAGAGGGUGCACCCUGCAUACAGCCCGGCUCUUUAGCAGGGCCAGGGAGUGAGGGAGACACAUUCCCCAGCAUGUGCCUCCUAAUGGAUGGGCGUAACGAGGUUGAGCGGGUCGCGAGGUGACACAUCAAAGCAGUGGGCCCCCGGCAGAGCAGGAACCAGAACAGUCUGGGAUUAGACCCUGACCUGAUCCACCUACCACACACAGAGACCCCUCUUUAGCCUCAGAUCAGCCGAGUGUGGGAGUGCACCUGAGUUCUGACUGUGUGUGUGUGUGUGUGUGUGUAUGUCCGCAGGAGCACUGAUAAUGAGGACACCACCAAGAGGAAGGUCAACCUGGUGUUUGAGAAGAUCCAGACAUUAAAGUCGCGGGCAGCGGGGAGCGACAACAAAGUGAGGCAUUGUGGAGUUGUUGUAAUUCAACUCAACAAACAGCUAAAUCUGUGAGCCUCUUAUCUUAGCCUUAGGCCCGGAAGCUUUCGCUUGGUGAGCAGCAUACAAGCCACCAGGCUGUGUUUACCUAGCAUUGACAACAGCCACUGUGGUUACCACCUCCAUCAGUGGAGUCUGGUGGGAGGAGCUAUAGGAGGACGGGCUAAUUGUAAUGGCUGGAAUGGAAUAAAUGGAAAGGUAUCAAACACAUCACACAUAUGGAAACCACAUGUUUGACUCCGUUCCAUAUAUUCCAUUCCAGCCAUUACAAUGAGCCAGUCCUCCUAUAGCUCCUCCCACCAGCCUCCACUGACAUCCAUGUGUAAACCAGUGCAUUAUGGGGAGAAACUAGUCACCACCCAUUCCUUUUGUUCACUGAGAGCUGCCAUGAACCAAAGCAACCGACAUGUUUUUGUAUUUUACAAAAUAAGACAUCUUAGAGUAAUGCUAUCAUGCAUCAGUGAUUUUGAAAAGGGAAAUGGAGUCAAAUAUAACUCCUGUCUCUGUUCCCCCUCCCAGUCUACUGACAUAGCUACCCAAGCCAAAGCCCUACAGGAACAGAGGGUGGCGCUGGAGAAGGAAGUUGUUGAACUGAAAAAGCAGCUGGAGGAGCAAGCAAAGGUAAUACUAUGAUGCCAUGUCAGACAUGUUGAACCUAGCUGCUAUCUUGGAUGCCUGUGCAGGACAUGAGAAUCCCUGGCUCCCGCCUCUUAAAACACAAUAAUCCUAUUGGUGUUAAUAGCUAAUUUAAGCAGACCAGUAGACAUCACAGCCACUGAGUUUGUUGGUUAGAUACUGUCAAAACUGUCAUUCAGAUAUUAUACAAUGAACGUCAUGCAUUUCAUAUUUAUUUGGUGUGGUGAGAUUAAUGGUGUUUUAUUAAAGUGUGUGUGCGUGUGUCCUUGCGUGUUAAAGAAACAGAUGGGUCUGACUGAGGCCAAUGAGAAGGCCGGAGCCGGCGUGAAGGACCUGCAGACAGAGCUGGAGAGGAGCCAGGAGGAAUGCUCCCGACUGAGGGACAAACUGGCCAAAACAGAGGCUGAGCUCCGCACCACACUGGAGGAGUAAGUGACCGACCACCAGUGAAUACACACUGUGAGGCAUGGAGUGACAGAUCGACAAAGCCCGGCUUAAGAAACCAGCACAAUGUGGAUAAUCCUCAGAUUUACGACUCUUAUCAGGAGAAAGUUGUUUAUCUAUAUCUCUUUUUUAGAUUUUUCUACGUGGAGGAUAAAGUUGUAGGUUGUUUUCUGUGGUCACAGGAGGAUUAUAUGUUCUAAUGUGUUCCUUGUGCUUGCAAUCUCUUUUCGGCCAUUAGAGUUUCUGUCUUUGUCUGAACAUAAUGGCCUCCUAUAGUUCUCCUUCCCCUCUGACAUUUCGUGUUAAUGUACACUGCAGAGUCCCACCAAAGCCCCACAAAGUGAUGAGUGUAUAUCAUAAUGGCUUAAAUGUCUGUUGAUGUUGGACUAAUCUGUUAAACCUGGGGAUGGCUCUGUUGAUCCUGAUCAUGGACAAUCACAAUAGAGACUGGCCAGCCAAGCGGAUGGCCAGCUGACAGUGGAGGCCCUGUUGGAGCCAGACUCCCCAGUAAUCUAAUGACAUAGAGACAUCCAUAUCAUGGACUCCAUAGAAAUCAGAGAGAGAGACAGAGAGGGGCCUGCCUUAUAAAGAAAGAAUCACUCAACUACUCUCAGUCAUUGUAUAAUUGAUUUCAUUUUCAAGAAUGGAUUCUCUCUUUUGAAAAAGGUUAAUGUCAGUACGUGGGAAUAACUACACUGAGCUGGGGAAUAAGCUGAGCUGGGGUGUUCAGUCUACUUACUCUACAUCUGCAUGCAGGACCCCCUGUCACUAAACAGACCCUCUCUGUGUUGGAGUGGGCAGGUGGUGUGACUGUGAUGUGAUUGGUAGAUCAGUGCCCAGGUGCUCAUCAUAGCCCCUGUUAGCCUGAAGAACAGGCAUUUCUGACAGAGUGCAUGUUGUAUCAUUCCAAUGUGUGAAGCAGGGUGCAGGUGUUCAGGUGAUGGUGUGUGUGUUGUGACUGUGUGCUGCUCUGUGUGGUCUGGCAGGCUGUUCCAGGUGAAGAUGGAGAGGGAGCAGUACCAAACAGAGAUCAGGGACCUGCAGGACCAGCUGUCAGAGAUGCACGACGAGCUGGAUGGCGCCAAGACGGCGGUGGCCGACGGAGAGAAGGAUGCCAUGAUGGAGGUAAAACACAGGCCAGGUCCCACAGCUCUCAGAGGACAGAGCGUUGCCAUAGAGGAGCUUAGCGGCCUGCAUGGAAAGGGCUUUGCAGUCCCAUAAUAACCACCAUAUCAAUACCAUUGUAGUGCCAGUGUUGGUAAUGUGUAAACAUGUUAUUCUUACUGGCACAUUUGCUGAUGCAGAAUGUGCUGGAGAUUUCUGUGCACAUCACCUGUUGACGUAGCAGUUCAUCUCAGAGUGAGAUUUUAGUGAGACACUGUCACUACUUCCUCCUCUCCUCCUGUGUAGGACCUGAUGCAAAUGAAGCUGGACUUACAGGAGGUGCUGCUGGCCAAGGAGGAGCAGGAGGAGGUGCUGAGGAGGAGGGAGAGGGAGCUGACUGCCUUGAAGGGAGCACUGAAGGAGGAGGUGGCCACACACGACCAGGAGGUGGAUAAACUGAGGGAGCAGUAUGAGAAGGAGAUCCGCAAGCUGCAGACGUCUGUGGAGAAGGCCAAACAGGUAACUGAUGUUCUUGGGACGUUGUGUCAUGGUCCCAUGGAGAUUUUGUCUAGUUUCCGGUUUGUCCCGGGGAUGUCUCCGAGACGUUUUAGGACUUUCUUGGGACAUUGUGUCAUGGUCCCAUGGAGGUUUUGUCUAGUUCCUGGUUUGUCCCGGGGAUGUCCCCGAGGACGUUUUUAGGACUUUUUUGGGAUGUUGUGUCAUUGUCCCCUGGAGGUUUUUGUCUGGUUCACAGUUUGUCCCGGGACGUCACCUGAUGGUCGCAAAGAAACGAUCUCCCCCACCAAGAAAAAAUAUGUUUUACCCAGGGCACGUGCACCCUACUUUCAUUACACAUCACCUCUUGUUACUGUUGCCAAGCCCAUCAAGGCCCUGAUUGAUGGACCACUGAUCUUUUAGUCUUUGUCUUUUGGCAAUGCUAGGGACACCCACACCACAAACAGAGCUUUUAACAUACAGUGUUACAUAUUUGACAUACAUGAUUACACUGUGUAUGUUUAUUCAUAACGUAAUUAUUGCUUAACAUGUCCUCACCUGGGAUUUGAACUCACAUCAUGGUUCACAGAAUUCCGAUCUUCCUGCUAUGCCACCAUGUCUGUAUCAAUAACUGAUUUCCCCUGUAGGCCUGUUCCUACACUUAGCACUUCAAAGUCAAUCUCAGCUCUGUUAAAAAUACACAGAAAAAAAACUAUUAUAUUUAUCAUUAAAACAGAAUAAUAUGCCCCACCAACAUUAGACAACUAUACUGCAAACCCAAACUCAAAUUGCUGAAAUAAGUAAAUGAAAUCAAUGAGAGAAUAGUCAGAUUAACCGCUAACUACAAUAGCAGUGCAGAUGGCACUCUUUUGCUAAGUGCAGAGAUGUAUUAAAGGUAAUGAAUGUGUAGGGGACUUUCAAAUUCUACAGACUUUGUGGCGCAGCAGAAAGAUCAGCAUACCCAAAUUCAGAGGUUGUGAGUUCAAAUCCCAGGUGGGGUCAUAUUGAAAAGUGAUCAUGUCAAAUGAGAUCGUAUUGUCAUUCAUUAAAUAAUUUAACACUAUUUUAGCUGAACAGCGUACCACUUACCUUAAAACACCCAUACCAUUUAAUUACUUUACUUAUAAUGGUGUGGGACACGUGGGACCAUCACAUGACAAAAACCUCCAGGGGACCAUGACACAAUGUCCCAAGAACCUUCAGGGGACCAUGAGACAACAUCGCAAGAAUGCCGUAAAAACGUCCUCUGGGACGUCCCCGUUACAAACCGGGAACUAGACAAAACCUCCAGUGGACCAUGACACAACGUCCCAAGAAUGUUCAGAGGACCUUCAGUGGACCAUGACACAACGUCCCAAGAACAUCCUAAGAAUGUCCCCGGGACAAACCGGGAACUAUAAAAAGGUCCUCCAGAGAACGUUCCCUUGGGACCAUCACACAACGUCCUAAGGACAAGUAAAAUUAAAGUCCUGAGAACGUCCUUUAAAGGUCCUGACAUGGUCCUCAGUGACUUCCUGGUAACUUGCAGGGAACUUCACAAAGGUCCCCCCUUGGGACCAUCAUGUAACGUUUUUAGAACGUUCUUAGAACGUCAGUGGGAUAACGUUGUGCCAAAACCCUUAAGGGACCUAAUGGUGUUGCCAUAUGUUCGGCAUCAGUAGAUAUUCAAUAGCUUUGAAGUGAAAUUACCCUGAACUUUCCACCAGCUUCAAAGUUGCUCUGGAUAAGAGCGUCUGCUAAAUGACGAAAAUGAAAAUGAAAUUAAAAAUAAUAUUACUCCCCCAUCAUUGUCUACCAGCUGUUAAGAUAUUUCAUUUGUUUGGAACAAGUGAAUAAUGAAUGCUAUCCAUAGGCCAUUGAAUUUGUAUAACUUUAGUGUUCCAUUGUGUAUUUACUGAGGAAAUGAAACCCUCAUUAUGUGUUAUUAUAAGGAAAUCAGGCCUUUGUGUAUAUUGAGAUUUAAAUGUUACAAACAGUAUGCGUACUUGAAUGAGUGUCUGGAAAGUCCUCUAGGAGUUAGUGAAUCAUUGACUGCAUGGUGCCAGUGUUAGAGAAUGUCAUAGUUCUAUACAAUUAACUGCUCUACUUCUCUCUCUUCUUGCACUUGCCUCACUGCAUUUCACUGCACACACUGUAAUAACAACCCCAGCUGAAGGCUGAAAAACAAGUCUGAAAACAGUUCAACUGUGCUGGGCAAAAACACUCCCUCUUCUGUAGUUCAGCUGAACCACCAAGAUAAAAAAGAAUCAGCUAUCUGACAGUUAAACCAACUUGUCAUCACUUUUCAUGGAACGUUUUGGACUCUGUUUACCCUAGAUGACAUAUAGUGUCAUUAAGAAGCUUUAGGAAGUAUUUCAUGAUGUUGAGGUGUUGUUUCGCUGUAAACAUAUUUUACUGGGUGGCUCAACAGGAAGAAAAAUAGGACAAAACAAAGCAUUUUAAAGACUUGGGAGAGGGGAUGGGGAGAGGGAAAUGGACUAGUAAAGAGAAGACAGGGUAGGGAACUGGUGGAGAGGGCAGUUAGGUGAGAGCAGAAAUAGGGCUAAUGGAGGAGAGAGGCAUAAGAGAAUCACACUGACAAGGCUAGAGGAGCAUUGUGUUGACUAGGUGUUGCCUGGCUCACAUGCUUCCUGUUUCUGUCAGGGCAUGGAAGUCCUCUCCUUGUUCCCAGCUUCCUCCUGCUGUGGUGGGGGUCUACACAGCAGCCAGCCCCUUCUGAGAUCAUUUCCCUGCUUGAAUAGAGUUAAUUCAAUUUCUGGGGAAGAUUUUGUCAUCAAGAAUUCACCGCCAGUGCUUUGUAAACAAGUGAAAAGAUGGCUGACCUUAUUGUUACUCAGUAUUCAGACAGUUUGGCUGCUAUCAGUUUGAGUUUAUCUUCAGUAAUUUGGGCCUUUCCCUUAAAAUACCAAUCCAUUGUUAGGUUGUCACACACAAAAACUAUUUAUGGCGGUUACAGUCUACUGUACUUUUAUCCACCAGGCAUUGGCAGGAUUGAAAGUAAUAAUAAUUUCUGCAUGUGUGAGUGAGCGACCGCACAGCCUGCUGAAUUGCUUAGUAUAAAGUGUGCACGGUCUGGCAUUCAUCUGUCCUCUGUCCCAUCGAAACGCUGCUCCUCUCUCCUUCGGCCAUGAAAUUUGCAUUGAUAGGGCUGCCCCAUGCAGAGAAUAAUGCUGGAAACUGGAGCACUAAAUCGUUCCCGUUGCCCGUUAAUUGCAGUGGCAAGCCGUCACUAAUCUAAUGAGCUGUAGUUCAUGAGUUGUGCAGUGUUCCUCCUCUCUCUGUCUCUGUUCAUCCAUUGAAAGGGCAGGGGUAAUUGUGGACCUCAGUAGAUGAAUGAUGAGUUUGUUUCACACAAUAAUAGCAGCAGGGGUUGGGAUAUGCUGAAUAAAGUGGGUCAGGGGAGUAAUGGAGUGGACGUCUCCCUGGAAAUAUGUAUAUGUUUGUUUUGUGUCAUUACAUUUUAGGUUCAAUUGUAUUUUUAUUGAGUUGUAGCAUGGGCCAUUCUUUAGAGGUUAAUCUGUAGAAAUAGAAACUAUAGAGGUCAAACAACAGUGUUCAUAGAGAAUCUAUAAUCAGACUGUAGCCUACUUACUGUAAGUUACUUAUUGUAGAUCAGUUCUGUGGAAGUCAGGUUUUUCACAACAGUGAGACUUGAGGGAAUGUGAAAAAUGUAAACAGAUAAGGUGCAGUGAGCAGAGAGAAGGGUGUGUCAGAGAAUGUUCCUGGCUGGUUAGAGAAUGUGCACCCAGCAGACCCCCUCCCUCCUGCAGAUUCUGUUACAGUGCUCCAGCUCUGACCAGUGGGUGGGGUCGGGAGGGGUGGGACGUGACCAUGGCUCUUCAGGGGGCUGCUGUUAUACCCCCUCUCAGGGACAUUCCUGAUUCUCAACGGUCUCUCAGAGGGCCCAGACCCAACCCCAGACAGCCCCAACCUCUAGACCCAACCCCAGACAGCCCCAACCUCUAG